GGCUCUCGCUGUCCUGCCCUCCCGGCCGCGCCACCGCCGGCUCCGGUUUAGCGCCGAAACAGGGUUUUAGAUCGGGGAGAGGCCCGGUUGAAGCUUACAUUGGGAACCAGCUGGCACAAAGCUUUUCAGACGGUGUCACCUGGGAUCUCACUGCAGAGCCAGUGGACCAUUGAAAAAAAUGACAGAAAGCUGUGGGCAGGAGCAGACGAGAUGGAUAACAACAGUCAUCAUGAGCACAGCUCUCCAGGAUCAUGAAAUUUCUACAAUUCUACAGAGACAACACCACCGAGUUCGAUAUUCAGAAUCAGUGGAAACUGGAUCUGUGAUUUUUCCUCUUUCUGGUGUUGCAUUUAUACUGUCAGACACUCAAGAUUUGCUUAGGACAGGGGAAGAACAGUUUUCUGAAAGAAUUCAGAAGUUCAUAGGCAUUCAUCGGAACAGUUUUCUGGUUUUGUCAGCUGCUCUUCAUGGAUCAGAAGAAUGGAAUGUCAUGUUCAGGAUUCAGAAAAGAUUCCUGGGCAGUAAUUUACGUGUAAUACCAGUUCAUAAUCCUGCUGAAACUGUUAAAUUAAUGCUAACUAUGGCUAAGAUGACUUCCAAGCCACAAGCAGAUGAUACUCGUUACAAACUGGAAAUGACAAAAGCCCAAAUAAUAGAAAAAAGUCCAGUUUGGAAGAUGCUCCAGGAAUACCAAUUGCACUGUAAUUAAUUUAGUGUUUGGGGUUUUUAUUCAUAAAUAGAGUGGCUACAUUUUAAACAAAAUAUAGAAUGUUCUUAAAAAUAUAGUUACGUUUCAAAAGACUAUAUACAAUAUAUGCAUUUGGAAUGAAAAUUCAUAUUAAAUAACUAUACAGUGAAAAAUAGCAUACUUGAUACCAAAUGUGCAUUCCAAGCAUGGGGAAAAGUGAUUUAGAUGCACUACAGAAAAGUCAUCUUUAUUUAACUUGAUUCUGAACUUAGACUCAUCUGUUUAUAAAUAAUUUCCCAAAAUAUUUACUAUGUCUUAAGGAAAACUUUAUCAUUAAAGAUAAGUAUGAUCAGAACAAUUCCAAAAUACAGGUUUUCCCAGCAUACACAGGUAUUUGUAUGAAAUCUUACACUUUUUUAAACACAAGCAUUAUCUGUUUUGUUACUAAGUUUUAACAUCUUACUUGGCUCAAAGUUGAUGUGUUUUCCUUUAAACCUGGCUUCCUUUGCCAGAGUGUUUUACUAUCUAUAGAUUGUAUAUUCUAUACUGUUACUUAGCAAUACCUUACAGUCUGUUUGCAAAUAUACAAGCUAGUUUGUCAACAUAAAAACAUGCUAAUAAAAAUACCUUAUGCUUUAA